AUGUUGCUCGUACAUGGAGGAUUAUUUGUCUUCCAUUACCGGAGUUGCCGGGCAGUAUCCUCCAGAAGGACCUCAGGGAGCAUAGCCCCCUGCGUUAGAGAAAUUAAUUUUUUCCCCGAAUUAAAUGUAAUUACUAAAAGGAACGCAGUCUUUUUAUAUUGCUUCUGGGUUGCCAACUCGGCCGAACCCGGACGCCAUGGGAGAGGAGCAAAGGUGACUUACGACUUGCCUGACCUUGUCAAGCUGGGCGAAAUUUUCAAGACUGAGGUUAACGUGGUAAACCUCCUGAACCGGACCGUAUUGGCAGUCGUGUCGUUUGACAAUAGGACACAGAAUGGGUGUCUGUUGCCGAAGCACAGCGCAGACUUCUCCUUCCGAAUGCAGCCUCGAGGCGUUGGAACCAUCUUUGCCAAGUUGGAAGUCGAGUUAAAAUACCAAAGGACACACACGUGCGAGGAGAGAUCCAAGGACAGUGAUGAAACGUUAGUACUUCUUAAGAACAUCACUGUUGAGGCAGAAGGCUUUAGAAGAGAACAGACGACUACGAAAUAUGUCUGCGGCUCAGACGCUCCUGAAGGCCUCGGCGCCCGUGAGAACCGACUUCUGCAGGAGCCACCGGAGGCGAUCGAGGGCUCCGUCAGCGCCUGGCUCACCGCCUCGACGACCUACAUGGGUUUCGCGGUCGAGAAUAUGGAGCGGCUGCUGCCCCACGGCCGAGGCGACUUGGUCAGCCUCUUUGAAGCCACGAACGAGUACUUUCUUGAGGCGCUUCUGUAUGAGGAGACAGAGGCAGACGUUAUGAAAGUCUUCUUCCACAACAUUGAAAAAGCAUAUGAACAUCAGUUGCAGUACCGACUCGAAGACAAUUCGUACACCACCUUGGGCAGCCGCAACAGAUCUGCUUCUUCCUGGAUGACAGCGUAUAUCCUCACUAUUGGUACAGUCUCCUUCAAUUUUAGUGUCAUGCGGGAAACCUGGUCUUGGCAAGCGGGACUCCAAAGAAGUGAAGAGAGUGCAGAUGGCUGUUUUGACUCGGUUGGGAAACUAUUUGACGACGAGUUAAAAAACAACGUCUCCAAGAAGGAUUCGAGAGUCCUACUUACGGCCUAUAAGAUGAUAGCGGUGGGCAUCAGUGGCAUGGGGGGACCACCGCACUUGGAACCCUUCAGAGCGAGAGACUGCCUCGUCCAGCACUCCUCAAAGGACCCCUUCUUCCUUGCCAUAAAGGCCUAUGCCAUUGCCGUCGUUCAGCUUCCAGAGACAAAAAAGAUGCUCAAGGAACUGCUUCUCCAGGCAGUGGAGACCGAGAAAUACAUAUAUUGGGACUUGCCAGAUGAUGACACGGAAACCAAAAUAAAAGAAAUACGGAUAGCGAGUUAUGCAGUCCUCGCCAUCAUACGUUACAGCUAUGACACCUUCAAGCACGAACUAAGCAAAAUGUCGAGGUGGUUGGUCGAGCAAAUGAACAGCCAUGGCGGAUUCUACUCUAUAUUUGACACGAUGAUGGCCGUGCGGAGUCUGCUCUUCUUUGACACGCGGCCGAUAGAGUAUGACGUGAGCGUGGCAGUCAUGGCAACGGGCUGGAAUGGCACUCUGCAUUUCAACAAAGAGCAUCGCUUCAAGGUUCAGGGGGUUCCUCUUCCUGUUCUUCCCACCAAUGUGAGCUAUACUGUGACGGGAAGCAGCUGUGCGAUUGUCCAGACUGUUGUCCAGUACAACGUGCAGGAACAUUACCAAAGCAGCGCGUUCACCUUAGAAGUCACGGGCCACUGGAAUCCUAGCUUUGUCUGCAACAGGCCCCACCAUAUCUCCGUCUGCGUAGCCUCCCCUCACCUCGGCAACAGGACGUCAAACCUUGUUGCCGUUGAGGUGACUCUCGUGUCCGGCUUCGUUCCUCAAAAGAAGGACCUCAAGGAGAUUGUACGUCCCUCCCUGAGCGUCUUCACCCAGUACCGGUACGAGAAAAAGAGGAAUAAGGUUAUCUUCUUCGCCGACGGCCUCACAGCCAAGGAGAGCUGCCUGGAGUUCAAGGUGCAUCGUCUGAUAGACUUCGAGGUGGCCAAAGCAGGGGUCGUUGUAGUCUAUGAUUACUAUCAUCCAGAAAUCGCCGUAAGCAAGAGUUAUUCGUUAACGUCUUCGAGCAAAUGUUCUAGUGUCCAACAGGCGAUAAGCGCGUACAGAGGAAAUGCCGCCAGCGAGGGAGGGGGAGACACAUCCCGGGAUCCUUUCUCGGUCGCGGUCGCCCUGCCUUCCCACGCCAAGAGGGGCGAGGUCCUUCCCAUCAGGAUAACCGCGGAGAAUCAUCUCGAUCAGGUUUUGCACGUAACAUUCAUGCUCGACAACACGACCCAGUACGAGAUCGUGGGGGACGUAAACCAGACGACCUCGACGACGGCAGGAGAACGAAGCGCCUGUUUAGGAGCGCGGGGCGCGACCACGGCCGCCUUCAAAAUCAGACCUCUGGUAGCCGAAGUCGUUAACAUUACCGUAGGAGUGGCUGUGACACGCCAGAAUACCUCAUCCUGCGAAGGCGGGGAUUGGCACGUAAGCGAUUACAUCUACGUAAGCUUGUUGAACAUCACGGUUGAGUCGGAUGGAUUUACGCGAGAGAAGACUUGGGGGAAAUACGCCUGUGGACCGGACAUACAAAGCGGACGAGACACCUUGCAAGAAUGGCGGGUAGAAGCCCCUCCUGAGGCUGUGCAAGGUUCUGCAAGGGCUUGGCUCACCGCUGCGAGCAACUUCAUGGCUGUGAUAGAGCAGAACACACACCGCUCCCUGCUGCUUCACGAUCGAGGAGACAUUGAGGGACUGACAGCAGCAGCCAACCAGUACUUGUAUCUAAACUUCCUUGGCUCUAUGCGGUAUAGAAACGAAACCUACGAUGAUAUUCUGUCAAACGUCAAAGAAGGGAAUCGACGUCAAUUACCCUAUCGUCUUGAAGAUGAUUCCUACGCCAUCUUCGGCAGUCGCACCAAAGAGGUCUCUUCUUGGAUGACGUCCUACAUUUUGACCAUCGCCGCCCUUACCAGUGAGCGCGGGAUAACGCGACCAACUUGGAAUUGGCUCAACACCCUCCAGAGAGACGCAGACAACGAAGACGGCUGUUUCGAUCAUGUUGGGAAAGUUUACCACAAUGGCUUAAGGAACGAGACGACUGGAAAUGUGUCUCGGGUUCUUCUGACGGCCUACACGAUGGUCUCCCUAGGAAUCAGUGCUUGGGAUGGUCCGCCGCACAUUGACCCCUUCAAAGCUCGGGACUGCAUCUUACAGCACAAGUCCGCAGACCCCUUCACCCUGGCAAUCAAGGCCCAUGCUCUGGGAGUUACUCACUUUGAAGAAAAGUAUGGUGUACUGACUGAGCUCUUCAAACUGGCAACCGAGACGGAGGACUACAUUUAUUGGGAUAUACCAAAUGAUAAAUACGGGACCAAUUCAGAAGCGGUGCAGACAGCCAGUUACGUCGCCAUGGCAAUCAUGACAACUGAUUAUGAUAGGAAGUUUGAGGCAGAGUUAAACAAAGUGAUUCGGUGGCUCGCGGCCCAAGCAAACAGCCGCGGUGGCUUCAACUCCAUAUUCGACACAAUGAUGGGCGUGAGAGCUCUGCUUUAUUACGAGAGGCGAGCCUUCGAGUUCGACGUGGAAGCAAAGGUGAUGGCAGAGGGAGUCGACCGUACUUUAACCUUCACCAUAGACAACUUCCGUCAAAUACAGCGUGUGGAUUUCCCAGUUCUUCCUGCCAAUGUUCAGCUCGACGUGUCAGGAAACGGAUGUGCAUUCCUCCAGGCUGUGGUCCAGUACAGCGUAAACGACCAUUACAACAGUGAAGACUUCAGCCUGGCCGUCAGCAGCAGCGCGGAUGCGAAUGUCUGCGGAGCGAGUCGCAUCAACGUCUGCACGAGCUACCUCCCGAAGAGGCAGUCCAACCUGAUCGCCGUUGAGGUCGCCCUCGUGUCGGGUUACACUCCAUUCAAGGAUGACCUCGAAGCACUUGUUAGCAGCGGGAACGGCGCCUUCACCGAAUACGAAAUUAAGGGAAACAAAGUGGUCUUGUACAUGGCCAGCCUUUCAGCCGAGGAGGCUUGCGCGGACUUCGGCGUGGUUCGUGAGCUGGAGGUCGAGGAGGCCAAGCCGGGCGUCGUCGUGGUCUACGACUACUACCAGCCGGAAAUCGCCAAGAGCAAGAGUUACACGAUUUCUUCGGCAAAUGCAUGCACCAGGAACUAGUGACAGAUCGGAUCCUACCAUCUGCAACAAAACAACAAAAAAAAUAGUCUCAUUUCCUGAGACCUGACUGAGCUUCAGCUCCACCCAGCACGGUUUCUGACUUAAUGGUCCUACUGCAGCCCCAUCAGAGGAGGUGUGUCGCAGUGACAAGCACAUAUUGCAUUGCCGCGAUUGAGUGAUAUUGCAAAAUCUAUUCAAAAUGUGACUAAUAAUAUUACUAGAUAUUUUAAAAUAAAGGCAUAUGGUAUA